AUGCCUCGCCUCAGAGAUCUUGCCCAUCGCCGCGAAUCUUCUGCGCGACGCAAUAAUAACACUAAUAACUCUGGGACAGCGGCCGAGACAGGCUCUGGUGCCGCACUAGUGCGCGAAGACGAGCACCCACGAAGCCCAGAACAAGAGGCUGAACAUGGCGUCAAGUUCUUCAGCGAGCUAGGGUGUCCUAGGCAAGACGAGCCCAUUCCUGCGCUGCGCUUGCUUGCGUGGAGGCGCAGGACCAUGACCAUGGAAGACUACUACAAAAUCGACUGGAAAAAAGAAAUCAAUUUGCAAUACUUCCUACGAUGCGUUGAGCCUGAGGCUUGCUUUCUUGAUUUUCCCCGCAAGAAUUGGCCAGUUCCGAUUGCAUGUCCCAAACACAGCGUGGGGACGGACGUGAUGUGGCGCCGGUACCGCGAGGAAAUCAGAGAACGAGCGGAUGCCAUUUUCGAGGCCGAGAAAAAGGAGAGAGAGGCAGCAGAGGCGCAGGAAUGGGCGGAAGAAUGUGCUCGCAUUGAACGUGCCAUCGCCGAGCGUCCUACCUUGUGGAUGCGGGACAAGCUCUGGGAGCCGGUGGGGCCAGGCGUCGCCCGCAUCAGUGGCUCUUUGUUGAAAGACGUGGCCACUUUCUUCUGCGACUGCGAUAUCAGGAUCGAAGAGGACAACCUCGUGACCAUAAACCGCAGCUACAAGAAGGAGGGCCGGGAGAUUGUCGCCCUGAUACAGGAUGAGAGUGACGAAAUCAUGUGGUCCACGGCAACGCAGGUCCAGAUGAAGAUAUCCAUCGACAAAUUCCGCCAGCCACGUCAUGUGGAUAAUAUGGAGCACCCUGGCCACGCGGCCGUGCGCAACCCGAAUGGACGGUACGGGAAUGCCAUGUGUGCGGUUAUCCUAUAUCUCGGAGAGACAGGCCAGCCGGCCCCCCAGCAGAUCGACGACAAGUGCUGCUACUGGCUCUACUGUGCGUAUGGGUUCAGGAAUCCGGAUCUAUCGAAGAUUGGAGAGCUGGCCUCUUUCCGCAUGGUGAGGCUUCCCAAAGUCUCACAUCACGGUAGUAUUGACUUGAUGGCGCGCUUCGGUUUGAAAAUGGGAAAGAAGAGAACCAAAGCCUUCUCCGACGGUUUCCAUUACAAGGUCAAGAAGUUGGAGGUGACUUCUGCGAAAUGGGAUGGCUUUUUGAAGUGGGUUGAGUUACCGAGAAGGCCAGCGGGCUCCAUCGACCUCUGUGACGAUCCUGGUGUGGACGAUUCUAGUGAAGAUAGUCCUGGUGACAAGGAUCCUGGUGACGAUAAUGCUGGCGAGGACGACCCCAUGGAGGACACAGGGAGUGAGCAUGCUCACGACCCAGACCCUGAUCUUUCUUAUUUGGUCGACUUGAACCUGCCCGACGAAGAUGAAGUCGAGGACGAGGAUGAAGAUGACAAUCGGCCACAAUGGCCAAUCCCCGGCAGGAAAAGCAACAUCCCCCGCCACCUUAGGAGAGGAGGAAAGGCCUGA